GUGUCCUGUUCUGUCGCCCAGGCUGGAGUGCAGUGGCGCCAUCUCAGCUCACUGCAACCUCCGCCUCCUGGGUUCAAGCAAUUCUCCUGCUUCAGCCUCCCGAGUAGCUGGGACUACAGGCACCUGCCACUACGCCCAGCUAUUUUUUGUAUUUUUAGUAGAGACGGGGUUUCACCAUGUUAGCCAGGCUGGUCUCAAACUCCUGAUCUCAAAUGAUCCACCCACCUCAGCCCCUCAAAGUGCUGGGAUUACAGGAGUGAGCCACCGUGCCUGGCCGAAUUCUCCUUUUUUGAUUGGUCAGUUGCCGAAUUUGUAAUAGCUAGGAUUCAAAAGUCAUCCAGUAGAGAUCUAAGGAUUACUGAGCACAUUGUUAUGUUAGCCCCCUGGGUUAUGCAUGUGUCAGAGGGAAAGGGUGACUUAGUUAUUCACUCAGUUCUCAUGCCUCUUCCUGGCCAGGAGGUUCAAUACAUUAAAACUGUAGACUAUAGAUGUGCUAAUUUACUAGCAGAAAUCACAGUUUAAUUCCUGUAAAAUGAUACUCAGCACUUAGGAUGGCUUUGCUGGUCCUUGCUACGUCAGCAUCAGGGGAGGCAGAUAACAACGUAGAGGCCCAAGACCAAGAGUUCUGAGACCCACAGCCAUGGAACCUGCUCUUAGAUCUGCUGCUCGGGAGCAAUGUGCCCUCGAGCAAGAUGCUUGAUUAAUCUCAGCCUCCACCCUUUUUUCUAUUUUAAAAAUUUUAUUACCGUUUUUAGAGUCAGGGUGUUGCUCCAUUGAGUAGGCUGAAGUGCAGUGGUGUAAUCAUAGCUCACGGCAGCCAUGAACUCCUGGGCUUAAGCAAUCCUCCUGCCUUGGUCUCUGGGGUAGCAGUGACUAUAGAUGCAUGUCAGCAUGCCUGGCUGAUUUUUUUUUUUUUUUUGAGAUAGAGUUUUGCUCUUGUUGCCCAGGCUGCAGUGUAAUGGUGUGAUCUCGGCUCAUCGCAACCUCCGCCUCCCGGGUUCAAGCAAUUCUUCUGCCUCAGCCUCCUGAGUAGCUGGGAUUACAGGCAUGUGCCACCACGCCCGGCUAAUUUUGUAUUUUUAGUGGAGAUGGAGUUUCCAUGUUGAUCAGGCUGGUCUCCAACUCCCAAUCUCUGGUGAUCCCCCCGCCUUGGCCUCCCAAAGUGCUGGGAUUACAGGCGUGAGACACCGCGCCUGGUUGCCUGGCUCGUUUUAAAAACUUUUUGUAGAAACAGUCUUGCUGUUGCCCAGGCUGUUCUUGAAUUCCUGGCCUCGAGUUAUCCUUCCACCUCAGCCUCCCAAAGUGGUGGGAUUACAGGUGAGAGCCACUGCACCUGGCCAACCUCUUUUGUUGUUGUUGUUUUUUGUUUUUUUGAGAGAGUCUUGCUCUGUCACCAAGGCUGGAGUGCAGUGGCGCGAUCUUGGCUCACUGCAACCUCCACCUCCCGAGUUCAAGCGAUUCUUCUGCCUUAGACUCCCAAGUAGCUGGGAUUAUAGACGUGUGCCACCACGCCUGGCUAAUUUUUGUCUUUUUAGUAGAGAUGGGGUUUCACCAUGUUGGCCAGGCUGGUCUUGAACUCCUGACCUCAAAUGAUCCACCUGGGUCGGCCUCCAAAGUGUUGAGAUGACAGGCGUGAGCCACCGCACAUGGCCAAGAAACCCAUUUUUAAUUUGUUUGAGCAAAAAGCAAAUUUACUGUCCUGCGUGCACGUGGGAUCCGAGGAAUGUGACCCGUGUGAGAGGCAGGGGUGUUGCCUCGAGAGCCACCGGAACCAGGGCCAGGACCCCCUGAGGACCCUCCCUCCCCCCUCACAUGUCUUGGUUCUUUGACUGUGAACUGGCCCACCCGCCAGUCAGCAGUUAGGGGGCAGGGAAAAGACUGAAAAUCACUUCAUUGAAAGAAAUCUCUCUCUAUUCCAUUUGAUGAGGAGAUAUGUUUUAGUUUGUGUUGUGGGUAAUUUGUAUGUAAUCAUGUUAGUGGGUGAACUGAGGUAACACGUGGGUAUAGAAUUGUCACCGGUUCAACCCAGACCUUUACCCAGCGGGCUGUCGUCAAGCAGAAGCACAGUUCUGGGCUGUCUCUGCUUCACGGGUGGUGUGAUGACAUCAUCCACCUCUUCGCCUUAGGGUCCUCGCCUUGGAGGAUAAGCUUAGGCUUUCAAAUGACUCCAAAAUCAGCCUUUGUAAAUGUGAGGCUGUGACUCUGAUUAACACUGCUGUUACCAGUGCCUGCUAGAAAGAUUGUCAGCUGUGUUUUAAGUGUUUGUGGUUUUUGCUUGUUUUAAACUGGCGACUUUCGUAAGAUUUCUUACUGGUUUUACUUAAAUGGAAAGAAAACAUUGGCUGGGUGCGGUGGCUCACGCUUGUAAUCCCAGCACUCUGGGAGGCCGAGGCGGGUGAGUGGGGAGGAGUUUGAGACCAGGAGUUUGAGACCAGACUGGCCAACAUGGUAAAACCCCAUCUCUACGAAAAAGACCAAAAAUUAGCCAGGCGUGAUGGUGGUCGCCUGUAAUCCCAGCUACUUGGGAGGCUGAAGCAGGAGAAUCGCUUGAGUCUGGUGAGUGGAGCGUGCAGUGAGCUGACCUUGUGCGACUGCACUGGAGGCUGGGGCAGGAGAAUCGCUUGAAUCCGGUGGGUGGAGGUUGCAAUGAGCCGAGAUUGUGCGACUGAGCUCCAGCCUGGGCAGCAGAGCGAGACUCCGUCUCAAAAAAAAAGAAGAGGAAAUGUUACUGUCGUUACUACAUAAACUCUACAGCCAAGAGUGUGGAGGUGUGGAGGGUGCUGAGGUAAACAGAGCUUCCACGGAAGGAGAAAGCCCGGAUGGACCUGGCCAGGGAGGCCUCUGUCAGAACGGGCCAACGCCACCCUUCCCAGACCCUCCGUCGUCUCUCGAUCCCACCACAAGCCCAGUGGGCCCUGAUGCCUCUCCAGGUGUGGCUGGUUUCCAUGACAACCUAAGGAAGUCUCAGGGAACUAGUGCUGAGGGCAGUGUUAGAAAAGAAGCUUUGCAGUCUCUCAGACUCAGUCUUCCUAUGCAAGAAACGCAACUGUGCUCUACAGAUUCUCCCCUGCCCCUGGAGAAGGAGGAGCAGGUCCGACUUCAGGCUCGGAAGUGGCUGGAAGAGCAGCUCAAACAGUACAGGGUGAAGCGCCAGCAGGAGAGGUCCAGUCAACCUGCAACCAAAACGAGACUUUUUAGCACGCUUGAUCCUGAGCUCAUGUUAAACCCAGAAAACUUACCAAGGGCCAGUACCCUGGCUAUGACAAAAGAAUAUUCCUUCCUGCGCACCAGUGUCCCUCGGGGGCCUAAGGUGGGCAGCCUGGGGCUUCUAGCACAUCCUAGGGAGAAAAAAAGUUCCAAAUCAAGCAAAAUCCGGUCUCUGGCCGAUUACAGAACUGAAGAUUCAAAUGCGGGGAAUUCCGGGGGAAAUGUCCCGGCUCCCGAUUCUACCAAGGGUUCCCUGAAGCAGAACAGAAGCAGCGCGGCGUCCGUUGUGUCUGAGAUCAGCCUGUCCCCCAACACUGACGACCGUCUGGAGAACACCUCCCUGGCUGGAGACAGCGUGUCUGAGGUGGAUGGAAAUGACAGUGACAGCUCAUCGUACAGCAGCGCCUCCACCCGAGGGACCUAUGGCCUCCUGUCAAAGACGGUGGGCACGCAGGACACCCCCUAUAUGGUCAACGGCCAGGAGAUUCCUGCGGAUACCCUGGGCCAGUUCCCCUCGAUUAAGGACGUCCUCCAGGCCGCAGCCGCUGAGCACCAAGACCAGGGGCAGGAGGUCAACGGGGAGGUGCGGAGUCGGAGAGACAGCAUCUGCAGCAGCGCGUCCUUGGAGAGCUCUGCAGCAGAAACACAGGAGGAGAUGCUGCAGGUGCUCAAAGAGAAAAUGCGACUCGAAGGACAGCUGGAAGCCUUGUCACUGGAGGCGAGUCAGGCACUUAAAGAGAAGGCUGAGCUGCAGGCCCAGCUGGCCGCCCUCAGCACGAAGCUGCAGGCACAGGUGGAGUGCAGCCACAGCAGCCAGCAGCGGCAGGAUUCGCUGAGCUCAGAGGUGGACACCUUGAAGCAGUCGUGCUGGGACCUGGAGCGAGCCAUGACCGACCUGCAGAACAUGCUGGAGGCAAAAAAUGCCAGCCUGGCGUCGUCCAACAAUGACUUGCAGGUGGCCGAGGAGCAGUACCAGAGGCUUAUGGCCAAGGUAGAGGACAUGCAGAGGAGCAUGCUCAGCAAGGACAACACAGUGCACGACCUGCGACAGCAGAUGACAGCCUUGCAGAGCCAGCUUCAGCAGGUGCAGCUGGAGCGGGCGACGCUGACCAGCAAGCUGAAGGCGUCGCAGGCGGAGAUCUCGUCCCUGCAAAGUGUCCGGCAGUGGUACCAGCAGCAGCUCGCCCUGGCACAGGAGGCCCGCGUCAGGCUGCAGGGUGAGAUGGCCCACAUCCAGGUUGGACAGAUGACCCAGGCAGGUCUCCUGGAGCACCUGAAACUCGAGAAUGUGUCCCUGUCCCAGCAGCUGACGGAAACUCAGCACAGGUCCAUGAAGGAGAAGGGACGCAUCGCGGCACAGCUGCAGGGCAUUGAGGCUGACAUGUUGGAUCAGGAAGCAGCCUUCAUGCAGAUUCAGGAGGCAAAGACGAUGGUGGAGGAGGACCUCCAGAGGAGGCUGGAAGAGUUUGAAGGCGAGAGGGAGCGGCUGCAGAGGAUGGCGGACUCGGCGGCAUCCCUGGAGCAGCAGCUGGAGCAGGUGAAGUUGACUUUGCUCCAGCGAGACCAGCAGCUUGAGGCGCUGCAGCAGGAGCACCUGGACCUGAUGAAACAGCUCACCUUGACUCAGGAGGCUCUGCAGAGCAGGGAGCAGUCCCUCGAUGCCCUGCAGACACACUACGACGAGCUGCAGGCCAGGCUGGGGGAGCUGCAGGGCGAGGCUGCCUCCAGGGAGGACACGAUCUGCCUCCUGCAGAACGAGAAGAUCAUCUUGGAGGCGGCUCUGCAGGCGGCCAAGAGUGGCAAGGAGGAGCUUGACAGAGGAGCAAGACGCUUGGAAGAAGGUACCGAGGAAACGUCGGAAACUUUAGAGAAGUUAAGAGAAGAAUUAGCCAUCAAAUCUGGCCAGGUGGAACACCUGCAGCAGGAGACUGCCACUCUGAAAAAGCAAACGCAAAAAAUAAAGGAACAGUUUCUUCAACAAAAGGUGAUGGUGGAGGCCUACCGGCGCGAUGCCACCUCCAAAGACCAGCUCAUCAGUGAGCUGAAAGCCACCAGGAAGAGGCUGGACUCGGAGCUGAAGGAGCUGCGGCAGGAGCUGAUGCAAGUGCACGGGGAGAAGCGGGCCGCAGAGGCGGAGCUCUCGCGCCUGCACAGAGAGGCAGCCCAGGUCCGUCAGCAGAUGGCGGACCUUGAAGGGCAUCUCCAGUCGGCGCAGAAGGAGCGAGACGAGAUGGAAACACACUUGCAGUCGUUGCAGUUCGAUAAGGAGCAGAUGGUCGCGGUCACAGAGGCCAAUGAGGCGCUGAAGAAACAAAUCGAAGAGUUGCAGCAAGAAGCCCGGAAGGCCAUCACGGAACAGAAGCAGAAGAUGAGGCGGCUGGGCUCAGACUUGACCAGCGCCCAGAAGGAGAUGAAGACCAAACAUAAGGCCUACGAGAACGCUGUGGGCAUCCUCAGCCGCCGCCUGCAGGAGGCCCUCGCGGCCAAGGAGGCUGCGGACGCGGAGCUGGGCCAGCUCCGAGCCCAGGGCGGCAGCAGUGACAGCAGCCUGGCUCUACAUGGAAGGAUCCAGGCCCUGGAGGCGGAGCUGCAGGCUGUCAGUCAUAGCAAGACGCUGCUGGAAAAGGAACUGCAGGAGGUCAUCGCGCUGACCAGCCAGGAGCUGGAAGAGUCCCGGGAGAAGGUGCUGGAGCUGGAGGACGAGCUUCAAGAAUCCAGAGGCUUUAGGAAGAAGAUAAAACGCCUCGAGGAGUCAAACAAGAAGUUGGCUCUUGAAUUAGAGCACGAGAAAGGGAAGCUUACGGGCCUUGGACAGUCCAACGCAGCUCUGCGAGAACACAACAGCAUCCUAGAAACAGCUUUGGCCAAGAGGGAGGCAGACCUAGUCCAGUUGAACCUUCAGGUGCAGGCAGUUUUGCAGCGCAAAGAAGAGGAGGAUCGCCAGAUGAAGCAUCUUGUCCAGGCCCUGCAGGCCUCACUAGAGAAGGAGAAGGAGAAGGUGAACAGCCUCAAGGAGCAGGUGGCCGCUGCCAAGGUGGAAGCCGGGCAUAACCGCCGCCACUUCAAGGCGGCCUCCUUGGAGCUGAGUGAGGUGAAGAAGGAGCUGCAGGCCAAGGAACACCUGGUGCAGAAGCUGCAGGCUGAGGCCGACGACCUUCAGAUUCGGGAGGGGAAACAUUCCCAGGAGAUAGCACAGUUCCAAGCAGAGCUGGCCGAGGCCCGGGCGCAGCUCCAGCUCCUGCAGAAGCAGCUGGACGAGCAGCUCAGCAAACAGCCCGUGGGAAACCAAGAGAUGGAAAAUCUCAAAUGGGAGGUGGAUCAGAAAGAAAGAGAAAUCCAGUCCUUGAAGCAGCAGCUGGACUUGACGGAGCAGCAGGGCAGGAAGGAACUGGAAGGGCUACAGCAGCUGCUGCAGAAUGUCAAGUCUGAGUUGGAGAUGGCCCAGGAGGAUCUGUCCAUGACCCAGAAGGAUAAAUUUAUGCUCCAGGCAAAAGUGUCAGAGCUGAAGAACAACAUGAAGACCCUGCUCCAGCAGAACCAGCAGCUCAAGCUGGACCUACGCCGUGGCGCGGCCAAGACGAGAAAGGAGCCGAAAGGCGAGGCCAGCUCUUCCAACCCUGCCACGCCCAUCAAGAUCCCGGACUGCCCAGUUCCCGCCUCGCUGCUGGAGGAGCUGCUGAGGCCACCGCCCGCCGUGAGCAAGGAGCCCCUCAAGAACCUGAACAGCUGCCUCCAGCAGCUCAAGCAGGAGAUGGACAGCCUGCAGCGCCAGAUGGAGGAGCACACCAUGACGGUGCACGAGUCUCUGUCCUCGUGGACUCCGGUGGAGCCAGCCACUGCCAGCCCUGUGCCCCCUGGGGGUCACGCCGGCCCACGCGGCGACGCACAGAGACACAGUCAGAGCAGGGCUUCCAAAGAAGGUCCGGGAGAGUGACUGCUGCGGACUUGCCUCCGUGUGCCGCUGCCCCAGAAUGCUCUCUUAUCAAUGUUAUUUAUUUGACUGUGUGGUCGAUGUUUUUCUAAGACAUGAAAUUUAAGUUUUGUUUUGCCUUUAACAAGGAGUAAAAUAUAUAGCAGAAUGAGAGCCAAGGAUUAGAAAAACAUUCGAAGAUCACAAUUAGCUUUUCCCAUGGAAUGACCAACUCUUAAAAGCCUAAUAGGCUCUCGGCGAGGAGCUCUGAACGUGUCUGAAGGGUUACUUGUAGGACAUGUCUUCUGAGCGGCCACCGAUGCUGCUGUCGUCUGCGGGUGACGGAGAGGCUGCAUAACUGGGAGAAGCUGCGUGACAGGGUCUGCGGCACCGCGCCUGGCCAGGCUGGCUGCAGUUUCUCAUUUCCCUGUUCCAUUCAGUAAGAGCUUUACUUUUCUGCAGAAAUGAAAUUUUAUUUGUACCUUUGGCUUUUUACUUGUUUUUUUGGAUAGCCAUCCCACCAUAGGAUGUGUACAUAGAUACUGAAGAUCAUAAUCCAGUCUUUUUUUUUUUUUUUUUUUUUUUUUUGAGACAGAGUCUCGCUUUGUUGCCCAGGCUGGAGUGCACACUCUCCGCUCACUGCAAGCUCCGCCUUCCAGGUUCAUGCGAUUCUCCUGCCUCAGCCUCUGGAGUAGCUGGGAUUACACGCUUGCACCACUAUGCCAGGCUAAUGUUUGUAUUUUUAGUAGCGAUGGGGUUUCACCAUGUUGGCCAGGAUGGUCUCAAUCUCCUGACCUCAAGUGAUCUGCCCAUCUCAGCCUCCCAAAGUACUGGGAUUACAGGCGUGAGCCACUGCGCCCGGCCUGUAACCCAAUCUUUAAGAAGCAUAUGCUCAUAUUAUUUAAGAAGAACCUACUUAUUAUUGAUUGCCUUUUGAAAAUUUGUUGGGAAUAAUUUACCUGUAGGAUUUAGGGAUGUCAGUCAGAAAAUUCUAUUCUAAGAAAUAUAAUUAUUUUAUUUACCUUCUAAAGCCAAAUAUUCUUACACAGAAAGGUCCUCUGUUGUUCCGGUUUUACUUUGUUGCUGAGGAUCUUUCCUUCCUGCUGGUCUCUUCCUCUCAGGCCACUGGCCCUGUGUGAUUCCACCGUGGCUGGCCACCGGGAAGGGGCAGCUUGGACCCUUGGUCAGGCCUGACGGCCAUCAGGAGACACAAGGACACUGAGGCCCCGUAUCUGAUCUGACCUUUGGGGGGCACAGGGAGAGGCCAGAGGGAGAGGAAGGAGGGUGGAGGAGGAGGAGGAGAGUGGGCCAGGGGCUCCCUGCAGCGACUCCUGCGGUUUCCCCUGGAGUCAGCCAGGUGUAGAUCGCAGGCGGUAACAAGCCUCACACUUCUGUUCCCCAAGUGAAAAUCUUUACCAGUGUCUGUCGGAGCGCCUGUACUCGUGUGUAGGAGCACCUGUACUUGUGCAGUCAUCAAGAGAAGUCCUGGAUCCUUUGUGGUUACACCAGCAUCAUGUGGCGAGCAGAGGCGAUUUCCGGAAGAGACAGGCAGGCACCGUGAGGAAGGUGGCUGUGGUCUCCCAGGGUGUCUCAGAAACAGAUGCCUUAUUUAAAAUCAGCACUACGUGUGUGAGAUCUUCUGUUUCCCACCCCAAAUCCUGAAACACUGCAGACACUGGCUGACUGGGAGAGUUGGGGUCUGUAAGUUGUCCCCUAGUUUGCUAAGAAAACCUAAAAUAAUAUUUAUUAUAUGAGUUAGGAGAGAGAGAAUGGGUCCGCGUGGCCUCCUUUGCAGAUGUACUGGUCUGAAAUGAGGUUCUGAGUCACUGGCCAGGCCAGAUGUGCUCAUGUCCGUGUCUUGUGUCUGUUUUGUGGAGAAAACAGUAUGGUGUGUUUUAAGCAUUUGUGUUCUGUUGUAAUAUACUUUUAGAAGGUUAAUUGGUAAGGUUAAGGUAGCAUUAACCACAAAGAUGUUUGGUAUUUAAAAAAUAUUCUCUAGCAAAUAUUGGAAUUUCCAAAAUAUAUAUAUCAUUUGUACAGGGUUAAUUUUGAAAUAAUACUUGAAAAUUUCAUUAUAAAUAUAUCCUACUUUUUAUGUUAAGUUGAAGAUGUUAUUUACUAAAUUGUUCUUGUACUAUUAGAAAAAAAAUGGCAAUUUACGUUCUUAUUUAUUUUGGCUGUACUACCCCUUUGUUUUAAUUUUAAAAUCAAGAAAUCGGGCCGGGCGCGGUGGCUCAUGCCUGUAAUCCCAGCACUUUGGGAGGCCGAGGCGGGUGGAUCACCUGAGGUCAAGAGUUCCAGACCAUCCUGGCCAACAUGGCAAAAUGCCGUCUUUACUAAAAAUAAAAAAUUAGCUGGGUGUGGUAGUGCGCGCCUAUAAUCCCAGCUGCUAGGGAGGCUGAGGCAGGAGAAUCACUUGAACCCGGGAGGCAAAGCUUGCAGUGAGCCGAGAUGGCGCCACUGCACUCCAGCCUGGGCAACAGAGUGAGACUCCAUCUCAAAAAUAAAUAAAUAAAUGAUUUAAAAAAAUUUAAAAUCGAGAAAUCACACAUUCAGUGGGGAGCGACUUCUCCUUGCUUAUGAAAAGUCCUCGAGUGAGUGAUGUUCACCGUGUAUUUUUUUUUCUCUUAGGACAAACUAAUUCUGAAAAUACCGAAGGGAAAGUAGCUCUAUGUUUCUCACCCCAGUUUUCCUGAGUGUGCGCCCUCAGGUGCGAUGCCUCCCCCAGCGCUCUGUGGCCGCCGGUGCCAGGGCCCCCUCUGGUUUGGCAGGGCCUGGCUGCCUUUGCUCCCUGCAGUGAGUCUUUUGGUGUUUUCAUGCACAGCUUGUGCUUCUGGAUCUGAGGCCUCUCGUGUUCACGCAGACGCUGCCUUCAGGCUUCCUUCCUUAAGACGACGCUUAAAAGAGGAAGUUGGAUUUUUUUUUUUUUUUUUUUUUGAGACAGAGUCUCGCUCUGUCGCCCAGGCUGGAGUGCAGUGGCGUGAUCUCUGCUCACUGCAAGCUCCGCUUUCUGGGUUCAAGUGAUUCUCCUGCCUCAUUCUCUCCAGUAGCUGGGAUUACAGGUGCCCGCCACCACGCCAGCCUAAUUUUUGUAUUUUUAGAGGGGCGGAGUUCCACCAUGUUGGCCAGGCUGGUCUUGAACUCUUGACCUCAGAUGAUCCUGAGCCUCAGCCUUCCAAAGUGCUGGAAUUAUAGGCGUGAACCACCGCCCCCGGCUGAAGUUGGAUUUUUAAAUUGCUUUUUUUAUUGUUGAGGUUUUUUUCUUAUCUCCAAGGGACUCUCCUGGCACUUCUACCUCCCAGAGUUACUUCAGUGCGUAAAGUUUGAAUUAUUUUGUUCUUGUGGGCAGAAGUGGGAAUGAUGGAAUAUCCUCACAGAAAAGGCAGUGAAGUUGGGAGUAUUGCUUAGAAAACGGUCACCAGCGCAUUAUGUGGCGUGUUCAUCCCCACGCCGUGUGUCACAGGCUAGGGCGGCGUGUUCAUCCCCACGUGUGUCACAGGCUAGGGCACUUCACGAUGUCACUACUUGUUUUUCUGAUGUUCCAAAAACAAUGUAACUUGGUUUUCAUGUGUUUUUCCAUGGUGUAUGUGAGAUUGAUGCUACAGGUCUUACGGACUCACACCCGUUCCCACUCUUUGCAAUAUGGAUCAGGCAGUGUUUUCGAUAGGAUGUGAAAUGGACUCUCCUCGGGUGGGUCCAGCAGGGGCCCUGCCCACCAGAACACAGUCCGUGCUGUGCUGCGCUGCGGUAGGGAGCUUGCCCUCAACUCUCCUUGGUGUAGGGUUCCCAAAACAUAGAGUCCUAGUUCCCUGAGGUCUUUAAAAACAAAAACAGAAUGUUGUAUGUGAAGAUUCUAGGAGGGGAGGGACCAGCAAAUCUGAGAGAGAACCGUCCUGGGGCCUCCCUUUGAGGAGCCCUCUGAUGUGAGGAGGGACUUGAGUGAUGCUGUGGUGUGAGGUGUUCUGAGCUCACUGACCAGAAGGUCCAGGUGAAUCUUGUCAUACAGUGAUCUCAGGCUCUCACAGGAUCCUGAGGGAAAUGUGUUAGAGGGUCUGGAAAAUUCAGUGCUUUUGAGUUAUUUGUUUUUAUUAAAAAUUUCCUCACAAAAGAGAGUCCUCAAGUUGUGGCUGUUCUUGGGAAAGGGGUCACCGUGUCUGACAAAGUGUAACUUUAAAAAGCACGUUGAUUUUUUACAAAUGUAAGUGUGCUUGGGAAUUCCUUAAAUUUUGUGCAAUAAACUAUUUUUUGGUAAA